AUGACACCGGUGAAUCUUCCUUUCACUCUAUCCAACCCGGAUAUCCUGCACAAUCUCUGCUAUGUGCGUGGACAAUUUGUCCCUUCCCAAUCAGGCAAGACUUUCUCCGUGGAGGAUCCUGGUUCUGGCUGUGUUUGGAUCGAGUGUCCCGAUUCCGUUCCAGAGGACGCCGAUGCGGCAGUGCAGUCAGCGUAUGAUUCCUUUCAACUUUACUCGCAAACCACUCCGCGAUCGCGGGCUAAGCUACUUAUGAAGUGGUACGAGCUUAUUCAAGCCGCGAAGGAUGACUUGGCAAAAGUAAUCGUGUACGAAACGGGCAAGCCACUUGUCGAGGCUCAUGCGGAAAUCGAGUAUGGCUCCAGCUUUGCCUGGUGGUUUAGCGGAGAAGCAGAUCGCAUUCAAGGGUCGACAUUCGAUGCUGCUAUCCCAAAUCGGAGAAGCAUCACCGUCAAGCAGCCUUUGGGCGUGGCUGUCGCACUCGUACCGUGGAACUUCCCGGCCGCGUUGGUUCUUCGCAAGGCCAGUGCCGCACUCGCUGCAGGCUGCACGAUGGUUAUCAAGCCGUCUCCCGAGACACCUAUCUCGGCUCUGUGCUUGGCUUCCCUGGCAAGGCAAGCUGGAUUUCCUGCUGGGACUCUCAACGUUCUUACAACCAGCUUAGAGAACACCCCUGCCCUGUCCAAGGCGCUUUGCACGAAUCCACUGGUGAAGAAAGUCAGCUUCACCGGCAGCACACGCGUAGGCAAGAUAAUCGCCGGCUAUUGUUCCACAGGGCUGAAGAAAUCCACACUCGAGCUCGGCGGAAACUGUCCUUUCAUUCUGUUUCCAGAUGCCGACAUGGACCUCGCACUUGACCAACUGAUGUCGCUCAAAUGGCGCCAUGCUGGGCAGGCAUGCAUUACUGCAAACCGAGUUUAUGUGCAUAUUGAUGUCCACGAUGCUUUCGUUAGGGGAAUCGUUGAGCGGACAAAGUCUCUACAAAUGGGACAUGGAAUGGCUCGUGAGACUACUAUUGGCCCUGUUACGGUAGCACGAAGCCUAGACAGAAUGGAAGAGCUGGUUGACGACGCCCUUCGAAAGGGAGCCAAAAUCGUGCUUGGAAAAGGGAGGAGAGUCGAUCUGUCAGGCACUGGCAAGAAGCCAGCGGGCUAUUUUAUGGAACCAACGAUCGUUACCAAUGUGAGCGAUGACAUGCGUAUGGUCCACGAAGAGAACUUCGGACCUCUUCUGGGCAUUCAGAAGUUCGCUUCGGAAGGAGACGUCAUUCGUCGUGCGAAUGAGACUUCUUAUGGACUGGCGAGCUACGUCUUCACCGAAGAUGUUCAUCGACUGUGGCGGAUGUUAGAGAAGCUUGACGCUGGAAUGAUAGGCUUGAAUUCUGGAAAUAGCUCCGCUGCAGAGGCCCCAUUUGGGGGAAUCAAGGACAGUGGCUGGGGUAAGGAGAGUGGCAAGCAGGUCGCCUUGGAUGAGUAUCUGAUCACGAAGACAGGCACACUGACCAUAAAGUCAGAGAAGUGA